AUGCGCGUGCGCGGGCACCUUGGGAAGGACACCAUCGGCAUCUUCAAUGGGGCCGGCGUUCUGCGACAGGCGAGAGAGGGCAGGCGCGAGAUCGCGGGUGCGAUCCGUUGCUCUGACGAAGCCUCUCCUCCGACCUCCGAGCGAACCGACACAACCGACAAUGCCCUGCAGGAUCGCGAAAUACUUCUCUCCGACAUCAACAACAUGAUCGAGGCCUGCGGACGUUUGACGGCAGAGAUUGCAGGAGAAGUGGCCCGGAUGCAGGCGGAGGACCUCGAGAUGGAGCGACUGGAUGCCUGCCGAGUCGGUCUCCAAGGUCUCGUACUCUACGCGUUGCAGACAGCCUCAAGCAUGGCGGGAAAUGCUCUGUCCAGGCCAGAUCUUCGCACGCUCAUUUCGAACUGGUGGAUUGUUGAAAUCGAUUACGGUUGGGAAGACUUGUCCAAGGCGCUUCCCCUCACGACAGACGAUAGAUCAGUCGCCUUCUACCGCUUGAUCGGUCCCGCCUUGAGCAAGAAGGUGUACGAUGCUCUUGUCGUCAUCGCUUGCCAGCAGUGUGGUCCCGCCGUUGCGGCAUUUCAGGCCGCCGAACGCCUUUCGAGUGCGGAAGGCCCGCAGGUCAAAUCCUUCGUGCACAACGGUGUCGAGCUUUGCGCUCCGAGGCGAGAGAGUGUGCAAGCGGUCCUCCAGCAGGUUGCGGACGAGGACGUGGUCAAGGCAGUCCUCGAGCUGUUGCCGAAGUCGUCUUUUUGCGGCGAGUCCUUUACGAUGGAGGAGGCGGCUGCGGAGCUGCGCGAGAGGCUGGAGGCGUCGGGGAACUAG